CAGAUAAUAUAUAAUGUAUAAUACUGAGUUUUGGAUCAAAUAUAUAUUUAGAGUAUUACAUAUUGGAAGUGUAACAGCUUUAGGAGGUCGUAUUAUAUAUGAUUAUUUAUGGCCUGAUUAAGGGGAGAUAACAAAAGCUUAGGCAUUAUUUGCAGGAAUUUCAGGAUUCUUAAUGAUUUUAGCCGGAAUUGUUAACAUCUUUCUACUAAAAGGAAAAGAGAAAUUGAAAUCAAAAAAUAAAUUUUGGGCUGGUACAUUGCAUUUGAAAGCAAUUACAAGUAAAUUUAGAAUAUAUAAAUAAUAGCCAUCAUUAUUUUGACUCCUUUGUCAAAAUAUUUAUCAAGGGACGAUGAUGUUGUGAAAGCAAUAUAAUUUUAUUACGUUGUUUUAAUGUUAUUGCUUAGUCCAUUUUUAAGAUUCUAUCGUGAAUGGUGGACUGAGUUAAAUAGAUAAAAUAAAUUAAGUUGAAAUAAAUAAUACAAUAUAUAAU